AUGUAUCGCUCCGGCCAGCGCAUCGUGGGGGGCCAAGAGGCAGAGCCGCACAAGUACGGAUACCAGGCUUUAGUUACCGACGAUGAAUCCUUCAUCUGUGGGGGCGCUGUCGUCAGUGAUAGGUUCAUCCUGACAGCUGCCCAUUGCAUAAAAAAUAACGCGCCUUUGUUCGUACGUGUGGGCGUCCACCAUAUACGGAAUGAUACUCAACAGCUGAUUCCCGUUGAGAGAGUGCACGUUCAUCCCUCGUUCCACACCGGAGCGAAGGGGAUAAAGAACGACAUUGGUAUUGUGGAAUUGGAAAAUCCUAUAACCAUGAAUGAUAAAGUUUUCCCCAUCAAAUUGCCGCCUCAUCCGGUGGGCAAGAAUAAGUCUGUGGUGCUCACUGGUUGGGGAAGCACCGAGGACGGAGAUCCAUUGGCUCUCCAAGAGAUGAGUACCACCAUCAUCUCCCUUAAGAAAUGCAGGGAACAUUAUCCCUGGGUGGACACAGGCAUCCUCUGCGUCCUGUCGUCAUAUUGGGACGUGUCCACUUGUCUUGGCGACUCAGGGGGACCAGCGGCUCACGGAGACUAUAUCAGAGGCAUCGUUUCCUUCUGCGUGUAUGACUGUGAACCAAUGUACCCUCAGGGCUUAACUGAUGUUUAUUUUUAUCGCGACUGGAUCAAGGAAGUUGUGCACAAUGCAGGAAUCCUCUCUUAUCUACAGUAUGCCUACGUUAGGCCGGUACGAAUCCAGUCCUUCAGCAAUAUAAAUAGUAGCAGUAAGAAUAGCAGUAGAAAUAGUGGAAGCACAAGCAAAAGCAUCGUGGUAGCACGAGUGAUAGGCACAGAAACGUGUGUCAGUUCAACUUCAGUUACUUGA